UUUUGGCGGAAAUUCUUUUUUUGACGGUCUUCACCCAAAUCGAAAUUCAAUGGGAAAUUCAUCAUUAAGACGUUCAAUGCCUUCAGUAAAUAAUGAUAAUGAAAAAAUAAUAAAUACUAAAGAAGAAAGAGGGGAUAAACAACAAUUAAAUAUAAACAACAGACAUGCAAGUUUUUGUUUGGAUACUGAAAGUUCUGAAAGAAAAGUAGUUGAUGGAUUGGGGGCUUUGGCUUUUGGUGGUGGAAAUAAAAAAGAAAAUAAUAAAUCUGAAAAAAUGUUAGAGAAUUUAUUUAUACAGUUGGGAUAUGACUAA